AUGGGCGGGAUCAGUCUUGAAGAGAUCAAGAAUGAAACUGUUGAUCUGGAAAAAGUUCCGAUCGAAGAAGUGUUCGAACAGCUGAAAUGUACCCGGGAGGGGUUAAGUCCCGAGGAAGGAGCAAACAGGCUUCAAAUCUUCGGACCAAACAAAUUGGAAGAGAAAAAGGAAAGCAAAAUACUCAAGUUUCUUGGAUUUAUGUGGAAUCCACUCUCAUGGGUGAUGGAAGCUGCAGCUUUAAUGGCUAUUGCACUGGCUAAUGGAGGUGGAAAGCCCCCGGAUUGGCAAGACUUUGUCGGUAUUGUUUGCUUGCUCGUUAUCAACUCGACUAUCAGUUUCAUUGAAGAGAACAAUGCCGGAAAUGCUGCUGCAGCACUUAUGGCUGGUCUUGCUCCUAAAACAAAGGUCCUUAGAGGCGGUCGCUGGAGUGAGGAGGAAGCUGCCAUUUUGGUUCCUGGAGACAUUAUAAGCAUUAAACUGGGAGAUAUUGUUCCUGCUGAUGCUCGUCUUCUCGAAGGUGAUCCGUUAAAGAUUGAUCAAUCUGCUCUCACAGGAGAGUCACUUCCUGUAACCAAGAAUCCUCAUGACGAAGUCUUUUCCGGGUCGACAUGCAAACAAGGUGAAAUCGAAGCUGUUGUUAUUGCCACUGGUGUUCAUACUUUCUUUGGGAAGGCAGCACAUCUUGUGGAUAGUACCAACCAGGUUGGGCACUUCCAAAAAGUGCUCACUGCUAUCGGUAACUUUUGUAUUUGUUCCAUUGCUAUUGGAAUGCUGGUCGAGAUAAUUGUCAUGUACCCGAUUCAGCACAGGCAGUACAGGAAGGGGAUUGAUAAUCUCCUUGUCCUCUUGAUCGGAGGAAUUCCAAUUGCUAUGCCGACUGUCUUGUCGGUCACAAUGGCUAUCGGAUCCCACAGGCUAUCGCAGCAGGGUGCCAUUACUAAGAGAAUGACAGCGAUUGAGGAGAUGGCCGGCAUGGACGUCCUCUGUAGUGACAAGACCGGCACUUUGACACUUAAUAAGUUAACUGUCGAUAAAAGCUUGAUUGAGGUAUUUGCAAAGGGAGUAGAUCCCGAUCAUGUUUUGCUCACUGCUGCUAGGGCUUCUCGAACUGAAAAUCAAGAUGCGAUUGAUGCAGCUAUUGUUGGUACACUAGCUGAUCCGAAGGAGGCACGAGCUGGUAUCAGGGAGGUCCAUUUUUUGCCCUUCAAUCCUGUGGACAAGAGGACUGCUUUGACUUACAUUGAUUCCAAUGGAAACUGGCAUCGAGCUAGCAAGGGAGCUCCUGAACAGAUUUUAACGCUCUGCAACUGCAAGGAAGAUUUGAAGAAAAAGGUUCAUGCAACAAUCGAUAAAUUUGCUGAGCGCGGGCUUCGGUCAUUGGCUGUUGCAAGACAGGAAGUGCCAGAGAAAUCAAAAGACGCCCCUGGUGGUCCAUGGCAGUUUGUUGGGCUUUUAUCCCUGUUUGAUCCUCCUCGACACGAUAGUGCAGAGACCAUCCGCAGGGCUCUCAACCUUGGGGUAAAUGUAAAGAUGAUUACUGGCGAUCAACUUGCCAUUGGUAAGGAAACCGGGCGUAGACUUGGGAUGGGAACAAAUAUGUAUCCAUCUGCUUCUUUGCUUGGGCAACACAAGGAUGAGUCUAUAGCAGGCCUUCCCAUUGAAGAGUUGAUUGAGAAGGCGGAUGGUUUUGCUGGAGUCUUUCCAGAGCACAAAUAUGAGAUAGUGAAGAAGUUGCAGGAGAGGAAGCACAUUGUUGGAAUGACUGGAGAUGGAGUAAACGAUGCCCCUGCUUUAAAGAAGGCAGAUAUUGGAAUUGCUGUUGCUGAUGCUACUGAUGCCGCAAGAAGUGCUUCUGACAUUGUUCUCACUGAACCGGGAUUAAGUGUUAUUAUCAGUGCAGUGUUGACAAGUCGAGCUAUUUUCCAAAGAAUGAAAAACUACACAAUAUAUGCUGUCUCGAUCACUAUCCGUAUUGUGUUUGGUUUUAUGUUCAUUGCUUUGAUUUGGAAGUUUGAUUUCUCUCCAUUCAUGGUUUUGAUCAUUGCCAUCCUCAAUGAUGGAACAAUCAUGACAAUCUCGAAGGAUAGAGUUAAGCCAUCUCCAUUGCCAGAUAGCUGGAAGUUGAAAGAGAUUUUUGCCACUGGAAUAGUACUCGGAGGUUACCAAGCAUUGAUGACUGUUAUAUUCUUCUGGAUCAUGAAGGGAACUGACUUCUUCUCUGACAAAUUUGGUGUUAGGUCCAUUAGAAAUAGUGAGGACGAAAUGAUGGCUGCUCUAUACCUUCAAGUUAGUAUCAUUAGUCAAGCUCUAAUUUUCGUAACCAGAUCACGCAGUUGGUCAUUUAUCGAACGCCCUGGACUGCUGUUAUUGACUGCUUUCUUCAUUGCACAAAUGGUUGCAACUCUAAUAGCCGUAUAUGCUGACUGGGGUUUCGCCAGAAUUAAAGGAUGUGGUUGGGGAUGGGCCGGAGUAAUCUGGCUUUACAGCUUAGUUUUCUAUGUGCCUCUCGACUUAAUGAAGUUUGCUAUCCGAUACAUCUUGAGCGGGAAAGCAUGGCAGAACUUGUAUGAAAACAGGAUUGCUUUCACCACGAAGAAGGAUUAUGGAAAAGAAGAGAGAGAAGCUCAAUGGGCUCUUGCUCAGAGGACCUUACACGGCCUCCAAACAACGGAGAAUACUAAUCUUUUCAACGAGAAGAAUGGCUAUAGAGAGCUGUCUGAAAUUGCAGAACAGGCCAAGAGGCGAGCUGAGAUUGCAAGGCUUCGGGAGCUGCACACACUCAAGGGUCAUGUGGAGUCAGUCGUGAAGCUGAAAGGACUGGAUAUUGAAACUAUCCAGCAGCACUACACUGUUUAAAGAAUCCGAACGAUUCUUACAUAAAUGGAACAGGCUUCAAAAUCAAACCAUGAUGAAACUUUUAAGACACACAGGAAGCCAUAGUUCCUAAUAUGUUAAAUUUGGUUUUUGUGUAUUUCAAAGUGUCCACUGAAAGUUCUGCACAAUCAUUGGAUCUUUUUAGAUUACGAUUACAUCUCAUGUAACCCAUUUUUUCCACUAUAAAUCUUUGUUUCCGGGUUUAAUCUUAUGCUAAAUGUUAUAUUCGACUUUUGACA